AACUAAAUGGUUGUUAUAGUUGUUUCAAGGGUUAUACCUCGGCCUCUUCAACGUCAUCAUCAUGUGACCAUUCCACUUACCUAAUUCUUAUUCCCCCCCGCCAAAAGAAGGUCCCUCUCUUUCUUACUUUCACUCAUCCCACCGAUAAACCCCACUGCAGGUUUUAAUUGACUGUGAUUUUCUGCAAGAUUCUGCAUAGCGGUUGCAUGGGACAUUCCUUCCCUUUUGAGCUAUCAUCAAUUGACUUGUCAUCAUUAACGGAGCGUUACUAGAACGACCACCAUGGCACCUCCCCAGAUCUGCGUGAUUGGUUCUCUGAAUAUUGACUUUGUCACCUACACUCCACGUUGCCCCGAUGCCGGCGAGACCCUGACAGCCAAUUCCCUCGCUAUCAGCGCCGGAGGGAAAGGUGCCAACCAGGCGGUCGCGUGCGGUCGCGCCUCCUUCGCUUCCAAAGAUAACCAAGAUGCGUCGGUGUAUAUGAUUGGAGCGGUCGGGGCGGGUGAUCCCUACUACUCGGCACUCCUUCGCCCAACAUUGGAGGGUUCCGGAGUCAGCACAACGGGAAUCCAGGAAAAGACGGACAGCCAAACGGGCUCUGCUACAAUCAUCGUGGACGAAGGAGCUGGAGGAGAGAACCGAAUCUUGUUCGUCCCCGGAGCUAACUACUCGGGAAUGGAUAAUGCAGACGCAGUCCUCGCUACCACUCGGAAUAUCCAUCUAGAACAAGGCGUUGUCGUGAUGCAGGGCGAGAUCCCGAGGUCGACCACCUUGGACUUGAUGAAGCACUUUAACAGCGCUUUCUGCGCUUCUCACCUCGUAUUCAACCCUGCACCAGUCUUCACAGAAGGUAUUCCCCUCGCCGCUCUUGCCGGCACGAGUGUACUGGCCAUGAAUGAGACUGAAGCUGUCCUCAUGACCCAGGCGGUCAAGGAGCAUCUCACUCCUGCCCAGCAGGAGCAGGACUUGAAGCCCGAGGAACUUGCAUCUCUAUUCCACAAACAUGCCCAGGUCCAGAUCGUUCUAAUUACUCUCGGAGCUAAGGGUGCCUAUUACUCAACGGCCACUGGCAAGCAGGGCUUUGCCCCCAGCGCAGCGGUGGAGAAGGUUGUAGACACCACUGCCGCCGGAGACACAUUCGUCGGUUACUUCGCUACUGCCUUUGCGAAGUUCGUUGCCACCGGUGCUCCACUGGCGGACUUCGAUGCCCAGAUCGAAACGGCCGUUCGGAAGGCGAAUGUUGCCGCCGCAGGGUGUGUGCAGAGGAAGGGUGCGAUGCAGAGCAUCCCGUUCGCUUAUGAAAUCUAGAGCAUGACAGUGAACCACCUAAUGGUUGCUCCCGUCGGCCAGGGGAGUAUUCGCCCAAGAUUAUUACCAAACCGGACUUUUCGGGCUAUUGAUCCGAGAUUAAAGUCGACAUGAAUCACGACCGUAGCCUUUCAUACCAUCAAUCUGCUGCCAAAUUUGACAAGGAAGCCAUAGUUGCAAAUAUGCAGCGUCU